UUCAAAUUUCCCGCCAUCGUCAACUUGCCGCUCAGUGCAGCUGUACCAACCAGACGUCACAGUUGAAGGCAUCGCUUUAGUGGUGUACAAUGGCAGCGAAUAUUCAACACUCAAAAAAACGCGUUUGCUACUAUUAUGAUGGCGACAUCGGAAACUACUAUUACGGCCAGGGGCACCCAAUGAAGCCUCAUCGGAUGCGCAUGACGCAUAAUUUGAUCCUUAAUUAUGGUCUUUAUCGGCGCAUGGAGAUUUACCGGCCUCAUAAGGCUACACAAGAAGAAAUGACCAAGUACCACAGCGACGAAUAUGUCCGCUUCCUGCGCUCAAUUAGGCCCGAUAACAUGAGCGAGUAUAAUAAAUUUAUGCAAAAAUUCAACGUCGGCGAGGAUUGUCCCGUAUUCGACGGGCUCUAUGAAUUCUGUCAGCUAUCAACUGGAGGUUCGGUCGCAGGCGCAGUUAAGCUUAACAAGCAGGCAACUGACAUCGCGAUCAACUGGUCAGGCGGUCUUCACCACGCGAAGAAAUCGGAGGCCUCAGGAUUCUGUUACGUCAACGAUAUUGUGCUCGCCAUCCUCGAGCUUCUCAAGUAUCACCAGCGUGUUCUUUACAUCGAUAUCGACGUCCAUCAUGGCGACGGUGUCGAAGAAGCUUUUUAUACGACCGAUCGAGUCAUGACUGCUUCGUUUCAUAAGUAUGGAGAGUACUUCCCCGGCACAGGCGAUCUCCGUGACAUUGGCGCUGGCAAAGGCAAAUACUACGCGGUAAACUUUCCCCUCCGCGAUGGUAUCGACGACGAACAGUACCACGAAGAAGUAUUUAAACCUUUAAUGACAAAGGUGAUGGAGAUGUACCAGCCGAGCGCCGUUGUGCUUCAAUGUGGUGCUGAUUCGCUUUCGGGUGAUCGACUUGGUUGUUUCAACCUGACGCUGAAAGGACACGGGAAAUGCGUGGAUUUCAUGCGCAAAUUUAACGUGCCCCUUCUUCAACUGGGCGGUGGAGGUUAUACGAUUCGGAAUGUGUCACGCUGCUGGACCUAUGAGACAGCAGUGGCGUUGGGUGUUGAAAUCGCCAAUGAGCUGCCCUAUAACGAUUACUUCGAGUAUUUUGGGCCGGACUUCAAGCUGCACAUCUCGCCGUCGAACAUGGGCAACCAGAACUCACAAGAGUAUGUCGACAAGGUUCGCACUCGGCUGUUUGAGAAUCUCCGUAUGCUUCCACACGCGCCUUCUGUGCAAAUGCAGCAGACACCUGAUGAUGCGAUCGAUACCGAUAAGGUAAAGGCUGAUGAGGACGAAGCCGCUGACUCUGGCAAGAACGACGAGCAGCGCAUCAGCAUUCGACACUCAGAGAAGCGAGUCGCCAAUGAGGAGGAGUUUUCUGACUCUGAAGACGAAGGUUCUGGAGGCCGUCGUGACGUCCGGUCUCACAAGCCUAAGAGGCAUAAGAAAGUGUCCCAGGGCGCUGAAGCUGAUAAUGACGCCACAGGCAACGAUAAGCCUGUAAAUCCAGCAGGUGACGCGGAUUCCAAAGACGAGAAACCUGAUUCUAAGGCCUAAUUGACUAUAUAGCUAGCUAAUGAUCAAGCAGCUA